AUGCCGGAGAAAGAAUUCAAGCUCCCAAGAACUCCUCUACCACCACCGAGCAGACCAACCCGCCACGAACCUACCACCAUCAACCGCCGGAGAGACACAGAAAACAACUACACCGAAAGAGAGGAGAAGAGAGUAGCCGGCAAACACAAGCUUGAGGAAGCUUCACCGGAUCAUGUCCUCAACGGAUCCAGAUCUGCAGAGCUUUCCACCGGAAUACCCUUCUCUGCCUCGAGGAAGAGUCGCCACCGGAACAGCUAG